AUGCAACAACAAAGUUCCGAUUAUUCUCCAGAUUUAGUUAAAGGAACCUGCAUCAAUAUGGAACUUCUAAAGAGUGAAAAUGAGCUUCAUAAAGAAAAUACUGUUUUGUGUAGCAGCAGUCCAGAAGAUGUCUUCAGACCCUGUGAAACACAACCAGUAUCAGCUUGUAUGGACACCACCAUGCCUACAGGUGACUACACUCGAAGACGUGGGUAUACUGAGUCUUCUCUUCUCCUGAAGCUUCCCACAGAGGAGUGCACUGGGAGCCAUCAUACACCUUUCCAGUUUGACCGGCAUGCUCUGGCCAGAAUUUCCACUUCUCCAACUUUAAGGCGUCUACGGAUGGCCUCUGCCUCACAAGCAUCAACAUUUCAGGACUCCUCUAACACAGCUCAGCUAGGGAAUCAAAAGGAAUACACCAGCUCUCUCCACCACAUUUGUAAAAGUCCACCCCGGUGCAUCAAAUCUUCCUCACUGUCUUUGCCUUCUUGUGUCCAUGCAAAAUUAUUGUCUUCCAAAGCAAAGUCUGAAACAACCAUAGUAGAUCCAGAGUCUGCCAGCCCCAGAUUAAAGUUGUCAAUCCAAAAAGAUCCUCUCAGUGAUGGCAGUCCCAAUGAGAUGCUCCAAAACUCUUGCCAAGUCAACUCUGUUAUGCUGCCUAGGAGACUUCCCUGCCCCAGCCAUAUGCCACAGGAGGCUAUCCAGAUUUUCAGGAAGGUAUGCAGAUCAGCCGAGCGCAGGCGUAGCUCUGUCGUAGUGAGUCUGCCGGGACUCGAGGUGUUCCCUGGAGACCUCCUGGUGUCAGACAGUGCCUUGGACUACCUGCCCCACGCAGCCCUGCUGCUAAAUGCAGAGUCCAAAAAGCCAAGGUGGCCGUUUGCCAAAAGAGGAGUUGGUAAAGACAAACACAAGCAAGAUCUGGAAAACUGUCUUUCAACUGUUAAGAUCAUAGAUUGCGGCACAUAUGAUUUCUGCUGUUUCAAGAGUAAAUCUUGGCAUGAGUUUAUAAAGGCUCAACAGACUGAGCAGAAAGAUGUCAACAGCCGGUUGGAAGUGAAAAAAGAAGAAGCGGUGUGGGAACUUUUCACAAGUGAAUGCACUUACUUUCUGGAUCAUUUGCUGGUUCUCAAGAUGAUAUUUAUGAACACUCUAAAAUACCUCCAGAGUAAAGAAUUUCUCUUGGAUGUAGAUAUAUGGAAACUCUUUGCAAACUUGGAGGAGUUAAACAAGAUAAGUCUCAGUUUUGUGGAAAGUUUUUUUGAAAUUGUGAAGGAACAUGUCAGCGAGUCAGGGUCGCCUACGGAUUUCAUCUCCAUACUCAGAAAGUUCUUCCAGGGUGAGCUCUGCCAGACACACCAGAUUUAUUGCCUUAAUUAUACAUCCGCUGUCUUCUACUUGGAAAACCUGAGACAGAGAGAAGAUUUUGGCAUCUACCUGAAAUGGUGUGAACAAAACGAACAUUGCAAGAGACUGCACCUGCCGGAGCUGCUGGUCGCUCCUUUGCAUCGACUGACCCGCUAUCCCCUCCUCCUAAACAAUAUCUGGAAGAGGAGCACUGAUGAAAUGGAGAAAGGCUCUAUCUGGUCAGUUAAAGAGAAGGUGGAAAAGUCCAUACGGGAUCUGGAAGGCAAAGUCAAGUGGCUGGACAACUUUCAGAAGUUCCGGCAGCUGCAUGAGGUCAUAAUUUGGCCUCAAAUCUGGGAUCGUGACAAGAGAUUCUUUGUCCCAGAGUGCUUGAAACAAAACUUGAGAGAAAACAGCAGUGAAAACAUUUUGUCUUCAGCGAGCAGACUUCUCCUCCACGAAGGGAGGCUAACACUAGCAGAAAGCACAAGACUCCUUGAUGUCUACCUCUUCCUAUUUACUGAUUUCCUAUUAAUUACCAAAAUUAAACGUAACAAAAAGAAAUACGGGGGCUCAGAUACAGGCUUAAUCCCUGUCUGUCCUUCCCUCGCUCCCGAGCUGCAGUCACUCAUAAGAGAAGGUGGGUUUUGCUCAGUCCUUGACCAGCCUAUCCCACUGGACAGACUGAUAUUGAAAAACACUGACCCUAUCCACAUAACAGUCUUCAGCCUGAGAAAUGCUUUCCUAAUACAGCAUGAAAAUAGGUAUCGGCAGUGCAUAGCAGUCUUCUUGCUACAAGCACAAACAGACACUGCCAAGAAAACAUGGAUGUCACAGAUAGAAAUGGCAAUCUCCAAUUACACUAAGCAAGAUGAAACCAAGAAAAGCACUCUUUUCUGCUUCCCAGCUGAAUCCUCUGAAAUUUAAUAAUGCCAGCACAGCAUGGACAGAUCCAGUGGAAGACUAUUGUGGUGAUAACAUAGUUAUUUCUUCCAGCAUGCCUUCACUUUCUGACACUAGCAAACUUUUGACUUGACUAGACAGAAGCGAUGAGUUUUGACCACAGAACGUAGGAAUAAAUUGGAGGGGGAGAAUGGGGAGAACGAGCCAGGCACCAAACCAUCAUUCUUAGAUGCUCCUUUGCUUCAGCUAGGGGAAGGCUCUUGCCACCCAGGGAAGCGUUAACACAACUUGUUGUUUCCUAUAAAGCAGGACAGGGAAAACACCUAUGUUGGUGAGGAGAAAUCAUUCACCAGAAGUCUAGAGGGGUUUUUCUGAGCUCAUUCAAAUUGUAUUAAUAAAUUUCACAAAAACUAAAAUUGUAGGGAACUGCCUAGCCAUAGCUCCCUGUACUUACUGCUUUCCUACCUACUGAACUAUAACAUCUCACACUCAGCUUGUGGGGGCAGAUCAGUAAAAACAUAUUUUUUUGAGUAGCCAUUAAUUUUCAAAAUGAAAAGGUUGCUUAGUGCCCUGUUUAUUUGAAAAUGGUCAUCCUUACAUCUAACAUUCAGAUAAAUUAUAGAUGCUACAGAAUAUAUAAAAACAAAGAAC